UUCUUUUGUUUUAAAUAGUGAAGUACAUGAGAGAAGCAACUCCCUAUGUGAAGAAGGGCUCUCCAGUUUCAGAGAUUGGAUGGGAGACACCUCCUCCAGAAUCUCCCCGCCUGGGAUGUGUGUCUGCUGACCCACUGUCACAGCUUUCACUCUCCAUCCACAGGGACAAAAAGACAAUACCGCUCAAGAUGUGCUUUGUGACACGGAACAUGACGGUGUCAGACCCUGAAAACAGACUUAUUGAAGUUCAUUCACCUGAUGCCAAGCACACCGUGGUUCUCAGGAGUAAGGACUCAGCUACUGCCCAGGCCUGGUUCAAUGCCAUCCACUCCAGUGUCAAUGAUCUCAUCCCCAGGGUGAUUGCAGAGGUCAGAGACCAGCUGGGUAAAGCAGGGAUUGCUGGAAGUCGAGAGAUUAGACAUCUAGGCUGGCUUGCAGAAAAGGUGCCGGGAGACAACGAGAAGCACUGGAAGCCAGUGUUAGUGGUCUUGACAGAGAAGGACCUCUUAAUAUACGAGAGCAUGCCACGCAUGAAGGAGGCUUGGUUCAGCCCUCUGCACACCUACCCCCUCCUAGCCACCAGGUUGGUGCAUUCUGGUCCAGGAAAGGGCUCGCCGCAGUCUGGGGUGGAUUUGUCUUUUGCAACCCGUACCGGUACGAGGCAAGGGAUCGAAACACAUCUGUUCAGGACGGAGACAAGCAGAGACCUCUCACUGUGGACAAGGAGCAUCGUGCAGGGCUGUCACAAUUCUGCAGAGCUCAUCACGGAGAUCACAACGUCUUGCACAUACAAAAGCCAGGAGUGCCGUUUGACCAUCCAUUACGAACAUGGAUUCUCUCUUACAACUGAACCACAAGACGGUGCCUUCUCUAAGACAAUUGCACAGUACCCCUAUGAAAAACUGAAAAUGUCCUCAGAUGAUGGGAUAAGGAUGCUUUAUUUAGACUUCGGAGGAAAAGAUGGAGAAAUUCAACUGGACCUUCAUUCCUGUCCAAAACCAAUUGUGUUCAUCAUUCAUUCCUUCCUGUCAGCUAAGAUUACAAGACUUGGUUUGGUGGCAUAAAUGGGAUGCACACAUCUGUUUCUUCAAAGAAAAGUGGAGCAGCCACACUCAUCUGAAGUACAGUCAUCAUUGGCAACCUGUAGCAGCGAGCAGUCUGCGGCAGACUGGGGUUCUGUCCCAGUGCUUGGUCAUUUCUGUCAACCAUUCAAGACUAAAUUAUGAUCAGCUGAAGAGGUGGCAUGACAAGGAAAACAAUGUAAAUAGUGGGAUUUUAAAAUCCCUUAUCAGACAGUAAAAGAGUGUAUGUGUAAAUAUUUCAGAAUCAUAAAUCGUGCUUAUUUCAAUGUGCUAGCUGAUACAGAAUAAGUAAAGGGCUAAGCAGAAAGGAGUGGGCAUUGGCUGUGAUGCAAACUCAUGGUUCUUUGAGCGGAAGUUCCAUAAACAAGAUUGUCCCAACGCCUAGAAGUCACAUGUUGGUUCUUCUAACCUUUACAGCAUCUGCAGAAUUUCUUGUGAGAAGCCAUCAGAACACAUUGCUGCACACCCAGCAGAGCAUGCAGACAGCCUCUGUGAGUAGUGUGCUCCAAAGCAAUACUGAGGUUGUCAGUGACCAGCUGCACAGUGCCUGCUGAGGGGUCCUUUCAAGUUAAAUGAUAGAGACAUCUUGUGUACAUUCCUAGCGAUGGAUCUGACGCAGCGCUACCUGUAGGGAAGGCAGCAAGGCAUAGGCUGGAGGGGAGCAUCCUCUGUAUGGACACAUGGGAUGUGCUUUCAUAGUGGCUUUCCAGAUGAUUCCAAUGACCUGGAGUUUCACCUAAAGGGGUUCCCAAGCUCAGGUAAGAGAUCCAAAGGCCAGGUCAUACUAGGAGCUUCCCAUCCUCCUGCUCCAACUUUGUCGACCCCUCAGUUCUGCCAGAUCUGGUUGUAUGGUCUUGAUUUUGCUUAUUUGCAAGGAGGAAGACCUUUUUUUGUGGGAAAGAUGCUUUUCUUUGUGAGACUGUGUGUUCAACGUGGUCCUGGAACAACUCAGUUGGCUUCAUGUAGUUGGGUGGGAAUAGGAACAGAAUGGACUGCAUUUACAUUGUUCUUAAAUUGUCAACACAACAGCUUCGUGUUGAAUUGGUUUUUGUUUGCUUUUAGAGUUUUGCCCUAAAUUCACACUUUGAAGGACAGGAAUUAUGUAGGAAGUAAUCAGAAGUUGCAGAACUUUGCUUGUCAUACUACAUCUAUUUUAUUCUUCAGAAAGCCAGUGAGUUUCAGUGUAACAUCACUUGGCUGGCAAAGAAGAAGACUGAAAACACAGUUUGGUUCCAUGUUGCUUUUAAGCUAAGUUUUGAGAUUUAAAUGUUAUAGUGCUUAUCACAGGGUAGGAAUUAGAUUGUGGUGGGUAGUUUCCAUAAGUAUCUUAACCAUCAAAGCUAAUUGAAAAAUUAAGACAAUGGGCUGAAUUUGCAAAUAGUGAAAACUGCUGCUUCAGAACAACAGCUACAUUGACAUUUGGAACAGCAGCCCUGCUCCCAGUGCCUCUCUCCAGUGAAAAGUCUGAAGGUGAUUUACCUAUCUGUGAACUUUGUUUUUACUGUCAUGGUACGUGCACUUAAAAAUUAAUGCCUUGUGUAAAGUCACAAGUUAGGAGCUACGUUGCAUAACUUACCAAUAAUUUCCAAAUGCACAUUUCUCACUUUGCUACUGCUGCCAUCCUCAUAUCCCUCUGCAGCAGUUAUUUGGAUCUCCUUUGCUUGGAAGCUUCUGGGAUAGCAUCUUCUGAGAAGCUGCGAGCAGUUGGUAUGCUGGAGGCUGGGGUUUUGGAUAUGAACUCAGAAGACAUUGUCAAGUAAACUGUUGUGUGAUGGUUUUAAAAGGUCAUUCAAGACAUUGUUUGCAAAGUAUUUCAUUGCUGUUUCAAAGCAUAACUUAAAAAUUUGGACGUAGGCUCCUAUAAAAUUCCAUAGGUUAGAAUGAGAACUUGCAUUCUGUGGGAUAGGUUAAAAGCAUAUGUAAACUGUACUGCACUAUUUCCUUAUUCCUUUAACAUUUACAAAUCACUGGAAUGUUAUACUUAACAUGUACGUGCAUUGUAAAUAUUUCAAAUUCCUAUAUUAGUACCAACAAUGAAAUUACACAAUAUGUAAUCUAAGGUGCUCAGUACUAUAUGAAGUAUAAGUGAAUAACUAAACAGUUUGCAAAGAAAGUUCCUACUAUAUAUAUUUAUAGAAAAAAUAAUGAUAAUUACAGAUGCUAUUUCUUCAUUUUCAGAUUUUGGACUGAUUCAUAUUUGGAUGGGAUAGAUAAAUGAAAUACAGACUUACUCCACAUUUAUAAGAGUAUAGUGAAUAUUUAUAUUUUAGAGGAAAAGAAUAUAUUUAAUAAAGUCAUUUAUUGGA